AUGUCUGUAACAUCGCAUGUAAAGAGUGGCAAUCAUGCCCUGCAUGAGACAUCGUUACCGUUGCAAUCUAGCGACUUAUCGCUUGAAACAAACGACCAGAUUCUCCAGAGAAUAAGUCCAUUCUUCAGUGUCAAAAAAACCUCAUACGGGGGCCGAGGAUGCUUUACGGACAAGAGUAUCGAGAAAGAUACCAGUCUUUUGCAGGUCAAAUUCCCUGUUGGAAGUGGUGUUGUGAGGCCCUUCCGCAAGGAAGUAUGUAUGUGGUGUUUUCACUACGAGAACGGACGGACCAUGAAAUUCCGCUUGUUGAAUAGAAUCUAUUUUUGCUCAGCUGGCUGCCAGUCUGACUUUAUCGCACAUGACUUCGAUGGCACGCUAAGUUCCACUAUAUGCGCAGCCGAGGAAUUGUUCUUGAAGUGUUCGGCCGAGAUUUUUGAAGACGAUGUUGCAGAUGAUGUGGCCGAAAUUUCCCAGAUUAUGGAUUCUAAGUGGGUAUCUGUGCUCGAAUGGGAGAAUCAGGUUUUCCGCAUGAAGCCGUCCAAACGAACACCUUAUUAUCCCACUGUUACCGCAGAGGACUACACAGAAAUCCAAUACAUCAUCAGCACUCUUCAUAACAUGAGACGCUGCGAAAGCAGACGACUUUUAAGACAGCCCCAAGCUGCGAGUCAAAAGAGUCUCAAAUAUUUGAAAGAAAUGUCUCCCGAGGAAGCCAUGGAUUUCGAACUACAGACGUACGAAAUGCUACAGUCCUUAGAAGUUGAGAAGGUCAAAAGGUAUCCGUAUCUCUUACUGUCCUAUUUAAACAUCUUCAAAUUUGUUCGUUUGGUGGCCCCCGAGAGCUGGUUGCAAUUUGUCACCCCGCAAAAUGUUCGGAACAUUCUCGGACGCAACCUCACCAACGCAUUUGGAAUUUGGUCUGCGGUCUCGCAGAGUGAGGAUAAGGAGUACUUUGGAUUCGGCAUGUACCCUUCGGCCUCGUUCUUCAAUCAUUCAUGCGCUUCCAAUAUCAAAAAAGUGCGCAAGGGUGCUGGUUUUGAAUUCAUUGCGUCGAGAGAUAUAUUACCUGGCGAGGAAUUGUGCAUAAGUUACGGCAUAAAGGGCGACGAAUCUGUGACCGAGAGACAAGAGAUUCUCAGCGAGUGGUUUUUUACUUGUGCAUGCUCAAGAUGCAAUAGUGAAAGGCCGAAUUUAUAG